CCUGGCGGGGCGGGGGUCCGGGCGGCUGGCGAGCGCUGUGGCGGCGUCAUGUCCUCCGAGGUGGCCGCGCGCCGCGAUGCCAAGAAGCUGGUGCGCUCCCCCAGCGGCCUGCGCAUGGUACCCGAGCACCGCGCCUUUGGCAGCCCCUUCGGCCUGGAGGAGCCGCAGUGGGUCCCGGACAAGGAGUGCCCGAGGUGUAUGCAGUGUGACGCCAAGUUUGACUUUCUCACCAGAAAGCACCACUGUCGCCGGUGUGGGAAGUGCUUCUGCGACAAGUGCUGUGGCCAGAAGGUGCCGCUGCGACGCAUGUGCUUCGUGGACCCCGUGCGGCAGUGCGCCGAGUGCGCCCUCGUGUCCCACAAGGAGGCCGAGUUCUACGACAAGCAGCUCAAGGUGCUCCUGAGCGGAGCCACCUUCCUCGUGACGCUGGGAGACGCCGAGAAACCAGAGACGAUGGUUUGCCGUCUGUCCGGCAACCAGAGGUACUUGCUUCUGGAAGGGGACAGCCGCCACGAGAUUGAAAUCGCGCGCAUCUCGGCGGUGCAGGUCCUCACGGAAGGCUUCCCGGCCCCAGAAAAAGACUCUCACGCUUACACCGGCCUCCUGGGGAGCCAGCCCGUCUCUGAAGGAGGCAACGUACGGGCCACAGGCAUGUCCCUGCAGUGCACGGCACCAGGGGCAGAGGGCACGACCCAGCUGAAGCUGACGGCCGGGGAGGACGCCAGCGCCGGCCGAAGGCAGUCGACAGCGUGGCUGGCGGCCAUGCACAAGGCCACCAAGCUCCUGUACGAGUCACGGGACCAGUAACCGCGCAGGACGGCCCGCCGGCGUGGAACCGCGGAGCCUGCUCUCCGCACGCACAGGCAACUAACCCGCCACGGGCUGGGACGCGCAGCCAGAGUGUCGGGGAGGCGAGCGCUUGCUUAGCCAGUGCAGGUUCACAGUCUACUGAUGCCCUGAACGGCCUCACGCUUUAGAGUUCGUCACCUUGUCCACACUUACCUGGAGGUGGGAGAGGUGGAGUCACACUACUGCCAACUAUUUUUAGCAUACCUUAAACCACGUUUUUAUGGGUGCCCAGGUUUACUAGAAGGUUCUGGUCCCCCCGUGGUCCCUGGCAGCACGAGGACACAUGCUGCUUUCUGGGUGGCCUGAGCCCGAUCGUAGGCCGCUCGCUUCCCGCAUCACUAACCUGGGCUACGAGCAAACCUUUGAUACUCACUGAGGGGGAAGAGCCCGCUUUGCUUUUUGUACUUUUCACUUACCGUUUCACUUUAUUAAAGUAAUCGUACAACAAUUUGUAUAUAAAGCUUAUGAUUAAAACCUAUUUU